AUGAGGUGUGGAGCGUCUGAGAGACGGGGAAUGGAUUCUGCGAUGAGUUUGUCUCACUUGGAUGCUGACCGCUCUGGACCACUGAGGGUAUUUCUGGUUGAAAAAAGAGCAGAAAGGACUGUGUUGCUCGGGAAAUGCUCCGGAGGUCAAUAGAAGUCAUUUAUCCAUCAUCACAGCUGGCUGCCAUCAGAACCUGCCUCACUCUACCUCCAUAUUGUGCGUGUGUCUUUGAAGAACAUCUGGUGAAAACUAUGCUGUAAGACAUUCACGGCGUUUCCAAUGACACGCUCUACAUAUCUGGCUUUAAUCCGCCCGCUGCGCUGAGUGUCUUCUCGCCACGCCACAACCAUGUCCGAUGAGGAGCAAAGAGCCAACAGGAGCACACAUGGGUUCAAACCAGGAGCGGAACUCUGGCUCCUGGGGAACAUCUCACCCAACAAUUCUGCAAACUCCAGCACUGUUGGGGAGGACGAAACCGUGUCAACUGUGCCACGUGCCCUCGGGACCGUGCAAAAGAACUGGCUGGCGCUGUUGAUCCUGCUGGCCAUCGUCGUCACGGUGACGGGCAACAUCCUAGUCAUCAUGGCCGUGAGUCUGGAAAGGAAGCUGCAGAACGCCACAAACUACUUCCUGAUGUCGCUGGCUAUAACGGACAUGCUGCUGGGCCUGCUGGUCAUGCCUGUCGCCAUGGUGACCAUACUUUACAAUUACACCUGGCCCUUCCCGUCUGCUCUUUGUCCUAUCUGGAUCUACCUGGACGUACUUUUCUCCACAGCCUCCAUCAUGCACCUGUGUGCCAUCUCUCUGGACCGCUACAUUGCCAUCCGUAAUCCCAUCCAGCACAGCCGCACCAACUCCAGAGCCCGAGCCCGGGUCAAGAUCACAGCUGCAUGGACCAUCUCUGUAGGAAUCUCCAUGCCUGUCCCAGUUCUUGGACUCCAUGACCGCUCCAAAGUCUUCAAAGACGGCAGCUGUCAGCUGACAGACGACAGUUUUGUCCUGAUCGGCUCCUUUGUGGCGUUCUUCAUCCCCCUCGUCAUCAUGGUGGUGACGUACUUCCUGACGAUCAGCGCCCUGCAGAGCCAGGCCACUCUGUGUCUGGACCAGCUCAUCGCACGUCCCAAGUGGCUGUCCAUGCUGGAUCUUCUCCCUCGAGGCUCGCUUUCCUCUGAACGCUUAUUCUCUCAGACUUCGCUCUGCUCUGACACUAUCAUCCCUUCUGCCAGGCCGUUCAUCCGCCGCACGGCACAGUCCAUCAGCAAUGAGCAGAAGGCCUCCAAAGUCCUUGGUGUGGUCUUCUUCCUAUUUGUGGUCAUGUGGUGUCCGUUCUUUAUUACAAACGUCAUGGCGGUGGCAUGCGCCUCUUCAGCGUGCGACCCGGCCCUCAUGACCGGCCUGCUUAACGUAUUCGUUUGGGUGGGAUACUUGUCUUCAGCUGUCAACCCACUCGUCUACACGCUCUUCAACAAGACGUACCGCGCAGCAUUCGCCCGCUACAUGCGCUGCCAAUACCGUGAACCGAGCAGGUCGCUUCAGGUCAUCCUGGUCAACACAAUCCCUCCUUUGGCUUUCCACUCUUCCAAACUUCCACUUCAGGGAGACGAUUCUUUAAGACUUUCGAAAGAGGACAGCAGAUUUGGGACAUCCUCCUACACGAACCAGGUAGAAUCUCUAAAUAAGCAUGGACGAGAUGAGAUGGUGAGUCAUGUCUGAAAGCAUUUAUUUUAUGGACAUAAGGAUUGCUCAGGCUCCGGGCUUCAGGAAAUAGUGCCACAGAUUCUCAAGACUAACAAAGAGCAUAUACCAUCGGUAUAUAUACAUAUAUAUCUCACACUUUCAGUAAAUGCAAUUUUACAGUUGUGUUGUUGUUGUUUAAAGACAUUCCCAGAGGUGGCCUGCUCGCUGCAUGGAUUCUUUGGGAUUUGCCUUUUAAUGAAAAAGUGUCUGGCUGGAAAACACAUUCAGAAAAUAUGAGACUUAUGAUUUGUUAAUACCUGUGCACUGCAAUUGUCUGGCUUUCUGAGUAUCCAUUUAACUGCCUCUCUUUUGCAUAAUCUGAUUUCUCAUGGGUUCAUAUUGAAUUUUUUUGUUGUUGUUCAGGAUGAACGGGAAGCUGAUUAGAAUAGUAUUUGUGUUAAAUGUGCUUUUACAAUCAUGGGCCCCACAAUCACAAGGGAAAUAUAACAUUGAAGGAUUUAAAGGGUUUUGCAGAUUGUAUUUUCGUUACCCUGGGAAACAAGACUUAAUGGAUUAUGAACUGUGUGACAUAAUAAAUACCUGUGUAUAAAUUGAAA